CACUGCAACUCGCCUUUCGCCGCCGAGUCCUAAUGGCUCCGCCACCCUCGCUCCUCCUCCCUCUCUUCCUCUUCCUCUUCCUCCAGUCUUGUCAGCUCUCCACCUCGGCGCUGCCCAGCCUCGCCAAACGCGCGUCCCUUUCCGUCGAGGACCCCGGCGACGUCCUUGUCUCUCCCUCCGGCGUCUUCUCCGCUGGCUUCUUCCCCGUUGGCGACAACGCCUAUGGCUUCGCCGUCUGGUUCAGCGACCACUCCUGCUCCGGUGCCAACUGCACUCCCGUCUGGAUGGCCAACCGCGAGGCCCCCGUCAACGGCCGACGCUCCGCCUUGUCCCUCCUCGACUCGGGCAACCUCGUCCUCACCGACGCGGGCGAUGCCGGCGCCGAGGUCUGGUCUUCCGGCACCAGAUCCGGCUCCGCCGCCGAGCUCCGCCUCAACGAUACCGGGAAUCUCUUCCUCGCCGACGGCAGCGGCGGCGUCCUGUGGCAGAGCUUCGACUCGCCGACCAACACCCUCCUGCCUCAGCAGCCACUCACCAGAGACACGUUCCUGAUCUCUGCUCGGAGCCGGUACAACUACUCGAGCGGUUUCUACAAGCUUUACUUCGACAACGACAAUGUCCUCCGCCUCCUCUUCGACGGCCCGUCGAUCUCGGGCGUCUACUGGCCGUACCCGUGGGUCCCGAGUAAUCAGCUUGGCCGAUUCCUCUACAACAGCAGCCGCAUCGCUGUGCUCGACCCCCUCGGCCGCUUCCAGUCCUCCGACAACUACUCGUUCUCCACCUCUGACUACGGCGCGGCUAAGCAGAGAAGGAUGACCCUCGACUUUGACGGCAACUUGCGGGUCUACAGCCGCGAGCGGGGCUCGGCUGUCUGGGCCGUGACGUGGGAAGCGCUCAGCAGCAUCCCCUGCUUCAUCCACGGCGUGUGCGGCAACAACAGCCUCUGCAGCUACGACCCGGCCAAGGGUCGGAGCUGCUCCUGCGUGCCUGGGUACGUCCCCAAGGUCCCGGGCGACUGGUCGGCCGGUUGCGUGCCCGAUUUCACCUUCUCCGAUGGGUGCGUCACCGACGAGAUUCGGUUCGUGAAGCUCCUGUACAUCGAUUUCUAUGGCUACGACUACAACACCAUCUUUAACACCACUCUCGAGACGUGCCGGCAGACUUGCCUGAACCUGUGCAACUGCCGAGGAUUCCAGUACAGCAAGUCGAGCUCCGGGGACACGUUCGAUUGCUACCCCAAGAUCGAGCUCCUGAAUGGUCACAACCUGCCCAACUUCACUGGCGAGUUCUUCAUCAAGGUCCCCAAGAAUAAGACCUUCACUGUGGACCAACUGGUGAAGAGGACUCAGUACAGUUGUCCUCCCACGCCAGAGGUGAAGAUCUUGGACAGGACUUACUCCAAGAAAGGCAAAAACGGGGCGUUGAACUUCAUGCUCUGGUUCGCCUGCGUGGUGGGAGGGAUCGAGAUCGUGGUGGUGUUCUUGGUGUGGUUCUUCCUGAUUAGGAACCAGCAGGAUGUCACUUCCGCGCACCAGAGCUACCUCCUUGUUGCGACCGGGUUCAAGCGGUUCACCUACGACGAGCUCAAGAAGGCAACGAGGAAUUUCAGCAAGGAGAUCGGGAGAGGUGCAGGCGGGAUCGUGUACAGGGCCCUGUUGUCCGAUGAUCGGGUUGCGGCAGUGAAGGUGCUCAACAAUGCCACGACUGGUGAGGCCGAUUUUCUGGCCGAGGCCAGCACGAUCGGGAGGGUGAACCACAUGAAUUUGAUCGAGAUGUGGGGUUACUGCGCCGAGGGAAAGCACAGGCUAUUGGUGUACGAGUUCAUGGAACACGGGUCGCUGGCACAGAACCUUUCGUCGCCGGAGCUCCACUCAAAGAGGCGGUUUGACAUCGCGCUAGGCACCGCAAAGGGUCUAGCUUAUCUCCACGAGGAGUGCCUGGAGUGGGUUCUGCAUUGCGACGUGAAGCCUCAGAACAUUCUGCUAGACUCCGAUUACCAACCCAAAGUCGCGGACUUUGGGCUUUCCAAGCUCAUGGAACGAGGGAAGGUGACGAAUUCGGACUUCUCGAGGAUCAGAGGAACCCGAGGCUACAUGGCUCCCGAAUGGGUCUCCAAUCUGUCCAUCACGUCCAAGGUGGAUGUCUACAGCUACGGGAUCGUCAUGCUAGAGAUGGUAACGGGAAUCAGCCCGACGACGAGCGUCCACUCGUUGGAGAGCGGAGGGGGCGCCAAGCAACUCCAGCUCAUCCCGUGGGCAAGGAACAAAGUGAACGAAACAGGGAGGACGGGGUCACGCGUGGAAGAGAUGGUGGAUCCGGCGCUCAGGGGUGACUACGACCCGAAGAAGAUGGAGGUCUUAAUCGAGGUCGCGCUCAGGUGCGUGGAGGAAGAUAAAGACGCCAGACCCACCAUGAGCCAAGUGGUGGAAAUGCUCCUGAGGCAGGAGAAUGACGGUUAGAUUUCGGUGCAGAGUGACGUGCAACAGGUGCUUCUGAAAGUAUUUAAAUCUGCAGUGUUGGCUUGGCAUCGUCUCGUUGCUUAAAAGAUAUGGAGUCUGUUAAAAUAUGUCGAGUUUGAGCAUUUAUAAAACGCGAUUCGCUUGGAAAAGAGAAUAAAAUUUUAUUGAGCCAUGGUGGGGUCCAAAUGGGCACAAAUUAAUAAAAGGGAAAGAAGUUCUCUACACGUUGAAGAAGUGGUGGGCCCGUUUGACUCUGGGCAUGCACGCACUCACGCAAAUAAAAGAGGAGAAUCCUCACGCGUAAGAAGCCAACGGCGGUGGGCCCUCGACUUUGGGCACACGUAUAAGAGGGUUUCUUCUUUGCUGGAGUGCUGGCCGAAACCCUACGUAGAAGUCGCGGAAGGGAGCCGCGAAAGAGGUCUUUUUUCGGGGUGUUGCUGCUGCACCCGUACGAGUGAAAAGGAGGAGUCGCAUGUCUUCAAGCUGAAGCGCGAUCAAGAAAAGGAGUUCUUUUUCGGCGUUUGUUUUGAGUUUGUUUGAUAAUUUGGUGCCGUGACU